UAACUUGUAUUAUUCAGGUUGCUUCAUAGUGAAAGAGGGGAAGUACCUGACGUACCAGCCAUAUAUUUUUGUCAACCAACGGAGGAAAACUUGAUACGAAUCGGGCAGGACUUUAACGAUGGCCUCUACUCUUCUUAUUACCUCAACUUCAUCUCUCCGAUCAGUCGUCAAAAGAUGGAGGAUUUAGCUCUGUCGGCUUUACAAGCAGGAUGUCAGGCUAAUAUUAAAAAGGUAUAUGACCAGUAUGUUAAUUUCAUCAGUUUGGAGGACGACAUGUUUACAUUAAAACAUCAGGGAUCGGAGUCUCUCUCCUACUAUGCCAUUAACCGAAGCGACAUUAAAGACUCGGACAUUGACCUCAUCAUGGACUCUAUCGUCGAUAGUCUGUUUUCUGUAUUUGUCAACCUUGGUCAAGUUCCCAUCAUCCGGUGCCCGAGGGGCAAUGCAGCCGAGAGUGUGGGAGAACGCUUGGACAAGAAGCUUCGAGAGAAUUUACGUGACACCCGAAAUUCUUUUUUUUCUGGCCUCAGCACAGAUUCAUUUGCUGCUGGUCAACUAAGCUUUCAAAGACCUCUGUUGGUUAUUGUGGACCGUAAUGUUGACUUGGCCACACCACUGCAUCACACCUGGACCUAUCAAGCUCUUGCCCACGACGUGCUGAACCUUAGCCUCAACCGGGUAACAGUCACAGAACAAGAUGCUGCUCACCCAACCAAUAGGACCAAGACAAAAGAAUAUGAUAUCAGUAACUCAGAUGGCUUCUGGAAGGAUCAUAAAGGCAGUGCUUUCCCAGAUGUAGCAGCAGCUGUAGAAACAGAGCUGGAAGACUACAAGAAGGCUGAGACUCAUAUUAAAGGCUUGAAAACUGACCCAGAUGAAGAUGCUAUUGACCUUCUGAGUGACAACACAGCUAAACUAACCUCGGCCAUAACCUCUUUGCCGGAACUGAUCAAGAAGAAAGCCGACAUUGAUAAACACAUGAGCAUUGCCAUGGGUGAGUGGGUGGUAGUUUUUUCAUGUUGGAGGAAGUAUUAGAAGAGUAAGUCUAACCCACAGCCAGUUGAAGUGUAUAGUAGUAUAAAUUAAAUUAAAACUUCAAUAAUAAAAUAAAAACAAUCA